AUGGGGAAGCUCAUUUUAGCGCUUGUCGUGUCUGCGAGAAAACUAAGGCCCUACUAUCAAGCAUACCGGAUAAUUGUCAUGAUAGAAUUUCCUUUGAGAUCGAUCCUCCACAGCCUCGACGCUUCUCAUCGACUCAUGAAAUGGGCUAUCGAACUCAGUCAAUACGACCUCCUCUACCUGGCGAAGACUGCUAUAAAAGCCUAA